AUGAGCUCUGUCGACUUCGUCACAAAGUACGUCGAGCUUGACAGUCUUUUCAAAAAGUACCGCGAGAAGAAAAGGAAUGAGUCCAUGUCGCUCCAUAAGCAGCUGGAGAAGGAGAUCGUAACCAACAUUGAACUGAGAAAAAGCACAGUUCUUCUCGAAUCAAAGCUUCAGCACCAAAAGGAAAAUGUCGCUCAGUUAGAGCGCCUGUAUCGAGAAACAGUGAGCCACAUCAGUGAGGCUUCGAAAAAACGGGAAAGCGAGCUGCGCGAAGUUGCCUCUGACAUAACGGCUCGCCUGUUCGGGGUGGAGCAACGAGAGCGGGAGUGUGCCGAACGCGCUGCAGCGCUCGAACUUCGCGAGGAGGAAUUAUGGGUGAGCUGCAAGGGUUUUGAGAAGAGAAAGGCCGAGUUCGAAGCAGGUCUCACUGCUUGCAAAAAGACGAUGGGCGUGGAGCUGCAGCAGGGUCGCGAGGCCGUCGACGUUGCGAUCGACUGCCUUUGCUAG